AUGGCCACUGCCGUCGAGAAGCGGGACAGGGAGGAGACCGGUGAAGGGCCAAACGGCGGAAGCGAUGAUGCCUCGAAGAAGCACCGGGGGGAAACCGAUGUCGGAGCCGGCGGAGAAGGAGGUGGAAAUUCUGCGGAGAAGGAGGAGGAGGUGUUGUGGAUGAAUUGUUUUUCGGAAAUGUGGGAACCCAUGACCGCCCGUUAUUUAGUUCAGGAUUUCCACCGGUUGGUUACCUUUAUGCAAGACAAUACCCCUAUCCCCGAUAGACAGACUAGGGGAUUGCUGGAUUUGGUGAAGAAGGGUCACCCGGAGCCGGAGAAAAUGAUUGGUUGUGGGGUCGAAUCAUUUCAAGUCCGAGAACACCCAACGUGUACCAGCUUCCGCACCUUCUUUCUUGUAAGGAAAGAUGGUUCCAGGGAGGAUUUCUGCUUCAGAAGCUGUGUUAACAAAAUCCUUCCCUUGCCCAAAGAUUUGAGAGGCCAUGGUAUUGGCAUUGAUGCUGUUUGUUUAUGCCAUUUGGGAGGCUGGGAUACUGUGAGGGCUGCUAAGGAACGAGAAGAAGGAGUCAGAGAAAUAAUAGCUCGGCGUGUGGAGGAGAUAUUGGCUACCUAUUUCAGCUUUGGUCCAUCCAAGUUCCAGGAUUCCUCUCAUAUGUUUCAUUAUUACUACUCUCUGCUUCUUGUUUCGCCGCUUAAUCAGGCGAUCAAUGAGAAAGCGCACCUUAUGUUACUAGAGUUGCUAAAGAAGGGCGAUCCAGAGUCGGAGAGAAAGAUUGGUUCUGGGAUUGAAUCGUUUCAAGUCCGAAUCCAUCCAGCGUACGGCAGCGAGUUGCGAAGCUUCUACCUCGUUAGGGGAGAUGGUUCCAUGGAGGAUUUCUGCUACAUUAAGUGUGUUGACAACUUCUUGCCCUUGCCAGAGGAACUCAGAGAAACAAUUGCUGGUCCUUGCAGCUGUCAUCAUAAAGAAGACGGCCAAGAUGGAGUCACCUUGGGUAUGAGCAGAUUUCGGAGCUCGGCUGAGCUGGUUUCGUACUUCGAGAAACUCUUCGUAGACUGGCCGCUUAAUACUCCUUUUACCUCUGAGGUUGACUACAAGAUGGUGUUCGAUUUGCUGAAGAAGGGUGAUCCAGAGUGGGAGGAGAAGAUGAAGCCUGGUUCUGGUUCGGGGGGGAUCCCUUCAUUUGAAAUCCGAGAAUGGCCAACGUUGUGGGACAAUCGAUCAUUGUUCAUUGUUUGGGAAAAUGGUUCUAUGGAACCUUUCUGCGUCAUGACCUGUAUCGACAACAUCCUUCCAUUGCCGAUAGAAUAUAAAAGGCUAAGUGCAAAUUUUGAUAGUGGUGGUAGAAGUGGUCGUGGAGGGGGCAAACGUGGAGCUGGCAAAGCAACAAGAAGAGGCCGUGGCCGUGGCCGUGGCCGUCACUGACUGGCAUACUUUGGUCAAGGUUUUGGGAUGGAACGAGUUCGUUUUGCUCUACAAAACGAUAUCCAUUUUCAAUAUUUUUGUCUCUCGGUACCAACUGCAUACCAUAUGGUAUUUUCUUCAUUUUUAAUUCGUUUUUGAAAAUGUUUGCACAGAAGGAACGAGUUCAUCAUGAUUUAUUGGAUCUACAAAUUUCUGGGAGAACAAAUUACAAGACCAAAAAAUACGACACAGUACCAUACAAUACCACCCUGGUACGAGGUGGUAUCUUGUGGUACAUAAUGUUAAGGAAUGUUCCUCUUCUGCCGGCUUUUAACUGGAUUAUGAAAAUAAGGAGUG